GAUUUUUUGAACAGUUUCGACUCAAUAGAACGAUUCGUUCAUGAUUCGGACGUUAGCGGAAACCGCUGCUGGGAGCAAGAGCAUGUGAGCUGUUCUGGAGUUUCACGCCUUCAAGUAACAUAUUGUCCGUGAAAAACAAGGAUGUCCUGUUCUGCUGUGGGGCGACGGCUGGUUGCAUGUCUCCUAAACAUCUCAGAAGCUCGGAGAAGAGACCUGGUGGAGACGGUGGCUAGAUCAGCCAUCACUGACACACUUGGAACAAAGCGUGAAGGCAUCACAGUGCUUAACAUCUUCAAUGAUGUCGACUACAACCGCUCUGUCAUUACUAUUGUUGCAAGCAUUGACCUAAUAAGGGAGGCUGUAUUGUCAGCUUGUGAGCGUGCAUGCUCUCUGAUUGACAUGAAUGUCCAUGAGGGCAUCCACCCGUGUAUGGGUGCAGUGGAUCUGGUGCCUCUCUAUCCUCUGGGGGAGGAGGUGGGCCUUGAGGAAUGUGGAAAAGAGGCCCAGGCUUUAGCCACGGCUCUAACGGAACGAGUCACGGGCACCAGUGUCUUUUUGUUUGGCUGGGCUGAUUCUCCUCAGCGUCGAGGUCUGGCUAAGAGGAGGAAGGAGAUUGGCUGGUUCAAAAAGGUCUUGGAUAUGUCAACCAUCCAGCCAGAUUUAGGUCCACAGCCCACAAGGAAAUUUGGUGUUACAGGUAUUGGAGCCAGCCCCUAUGUCAUGAACUGUAACGUGACCAUCGAUACCCAAGAUCUGGCCGUGGGCCGAAUUGUGGCUUCAGCAAUCCGUGAAUCCAGUCCUGGCGGUAUCCCUGGAGUUCAGGUCAUGGCUCUACCACAUGAAGGUGCUGUGGAGAUCGCUUGUAAUGUAGAGAGUGUUCAAGGUGGUCCUUCGUCUUCAUCUUAUGCUGAGGAAAAAUGGCCAAGUUUUACCAUUGGAGGGCAAAACUUCUGUCAUGCUCCAGCCUCACUAAUCACGUCACGAGUAGCAGAACUGGCUAGACAGCAUGGAGUGGCCAUCAAGGGUACGGCCCUGGUGGGGUUUACCCCAUGUGAGUGCCAGAGACUGGCAGAGGGAGCACUCUCAAAUGGCAUUGGAGAGUUCUGGAAAGAGCUGCAGCGUGUGCACAUGUGAACAAGCCAAAAGCUUUCACCUCUGUGCUAAAUUGCAGACUAAUCAAUGGUUAAUUAGAGGGCAUUAAUUGAGUCAUCAACAACUUACCUAUUUGUUUACAAGAACAGUGCUUAAAGGUAUAUUUCAGCCAAAAAUUACAAAUCUUUCAUUAUUUACACACGCUCAUGUCACUCCAACGCCUAUGUGUCUUAUUGUCCUUCUGUGAAACACAAAAAAGAAUUGUAGGAAUAGUGGUAGCCAUAAACUUACAUUGUGUAGACAAAAACACUGGGACAUUUUUUUUUCAAAUAUCUCCUUUAGAGUUCUACAGAAGAAAGUAAUGCAGGUAUGGAAUGGCAUGAGGAUAAGUGAGUGAUGACUGGAUUUUCAUUUAGUAGUCUUCAUUAAUAGUAUUAAUUUGGUUACAAUGUGAAUUUCAGCUGUCAAUUAACUCUCAUCUUAUAAAAGCCUGAAUAAUGAUUUAUCAAAUGCUUCGGGUCAGUUUAUGUUGAUGAAAAAAGCCCACAUUCUGGGUGUAAUUUAGUUUUGAUCAAGUAGGACAAGCAUAGUCAUACUUAGGGUGCCUUAUAUGUUAAUGCGUAACGUAAUUAUUACUUGUUUGGAAUAUAUUUUUAAUUCCUAAAUUUGCAGCAGUUCUGUGUGUGAAUGUAAAAGUUUUAAUGCCAUCAUUUGGGAUCAUUAACCGUACUUAUUCAUCACAUGAUGUUCUGCUCAUAGGUGCAUAUAAUUAUACAAAGGGUAAUUAGGCCAGGGCAGUUUGAGGAAUCCUCUCCUAUUGCUCACAUACUAAAUUACACAUACUGUUACAAAAAUGCAUUGGAAGAAUAUCAAGGCUGGCAAGUACAGACAGCAACAGGAACUCUUAUUUCACAAGCUGCUAAAGAUUGACUUCAGUGAUAUUUUUCAGAGGAACAAGAAUUCCGCUAACAUGUUUUGAAAACAUUCACACAAGUUUGUGCUUGACUGAGCUGAUUAUAAAACCUAAGCAUGGGAUUCCUGACAUUAUAUUAUUGCUUCCAUCUGGAAGAGAAAUAUACUGUCAAAGAUGGUCUUAUGCAAAAAGACAGUCAAAUUAAAUGUAAUGUGGUGCUUUAAA